UGCUCUUGCAGUUCUGCGAUGUUGAUAAAAUUAUGCUUUCUGGUAAUUUGGGCCAAAUAAUAUUCAUAUGUGAGGCUGAAAAGUGGCACCUAUACCAAGUUGCUUAACAUUUUUAUGUUUAUACAGAUAUUUGAUCACUGGCCUCCAUGUUGCAGUCUAAAAUUACUUAUCCUAGUACACACUUAAUUGAACUCUGAUCCACAUUUUUGAGUUUUACCUUUUAUUAAACUUUUUGUAUAUGAUCUCUUAAUUUUUCUAUUAAUCAUAUGCAAUCUUUACAAGAAGUCAUGUACUGCGAGUGUGUGUUGUUUUUGAGGUGAUCCGGGUUCAGAUUUAUUGCAAGAUCAAUCAUGCUUUUGUACGUUGAAUUAGAUUCUCAAAUCUGUUUAGAGUCUCUAGAGACUGAUCUUCAAAUUCAGAAAAUGUGUAAUGUUCGAUUUUCAACCUGUAGUUGAAUUUAGCAUUUUGGCGUAUUAGCAUUAUCUUUCACUUGAUGUGCAGUCUGAGAAGUCGAAGAACGCUGGAAAUUCUUCACCACAACUCCUCUAGUUGAGUUUUUGAAGACUUUACAUUUGGAAUGCCUGGAAAUAAUUUUACUGGCAAACAACGAGCAGAAUCCUUAGCUAAUGUUAAACUAGGAGGAGACUAUCUUCUAGUUGCAACAGAUAUAGCAGCUAGUGGUGUUGACCUGCCAGAUAUGACUUAUAUAUACAACUUUGAUCUUCCAAAAGAUGCAGUGAACUAUCUUCGUCAAGCUGGAAGAACAGGUAGGAAGCCAUUCUCAGAUGGUAAAUGUUUUGUUACCAGCAUUAUAACAUCAGAAGAACGUUUUGUAUUGCAGAGAUUUGAAAAUGAAUUGAUGUUUCAUUGCGAGAGUUAUUGUUGUAAAUGAAAAUUUUCUUUUACUCGGUUUGUACCAUAUUUAGUUAUUUCGUUCUGUUUCA